GUUGACUGCACCCCUGGAAAGAAAAUCAAAAUCGCUUUUUUCAGGCCGGUCGCGCCGAUUGAGCUCAUCGCUUUUCCGUCAUUAACAAGCCAUUCACCAUUCCUUCAUCACCAAGUCAGGCUUGCUAUGGUUCCUCUUCUUCUGGCAGAUUUUAUUAUAUUUUAAAUGUUUUAAUUCCACCAAGCGCGCCGCUUGUCAACCGCGCCAUACCUGUCCUGUCGCAGCUCGUAGCCUAAACCUGGGCAGAAGCUUGUGACGCGUUUGUCGUCCCGAGUGCCCACCACCCACCUAAACUACCUUUAUACCGUCCGCUACCACCACCACCAUGACCUCGCACGACUUGCGCGAUGUCCUCAACCUCCCCUCCGAUCACUCUUCAACCCCGCGCCCGUCCAAAAAGCAAAGGACUGGCCCGGGGCGGCCAAACCUCAAGGGCCUAGCCAGGGAGGUACAGAAUCUUGGCGGCGACAAUCCUAUCGCGAUCGUACCAGAGGUUGCCGUGUUCAAAAAACGUCGCGUCAUUAGCAGAAAGCCGGCCGCGCGAUGGGAACUGCGGCCCUUCACAAACUCGGCCCGAGGGGACGGAGGGGCGCUCGUCCUGCGACACUGGAGGCGGAAAACGGAUCACGAUGCGCCGCCAGAUGCAAUGGAGGAGGACGGAGAACCAGGGCCGGUAGAGAAUGCCGCAGAUGGAGAGCGCCAGGUUGAGAACUCGACCAUUAAGACCGAGGACUCGACCUUCGCAAAAUUCAACGUCGAUAUUUCCAUACCGCAGUACAACGACGACCAGUACCGCGCCAACUUAGAACGCUCCGACUGGUCGAAGGAGGAGACGGACUAUCUUCUAGAGCUUGUCCAGGACUAUGAUCUACGGUGGCCGAUUAUUUGGGACCGGUACGACUACUCCCCACAAACCUUCCCUGUCAAUGGGGAGGCAGUCAACGGCGACAGCACGGCCGUCGUACCCGUAAAGGGAGAGCAGCGUUCUAUGGAAGCUCUGAAAGCCCGGUACUACGAGGUAGCCACGGUGAUGAUGUCGGUUCAGAAACCAGCUCAGUACAUGACGGGCCCGGAAUUUCAACUAUACGAGACCAUGAUGAAAUUCGACCCGUUGCAAGAGGAGGCGCGCAAAGAGUUCGCUCUCAACACUAUGGCGCGCUCAAAGGAGGAGGCGCGCGAAGAAGAGUCUUUGCUUCUGGAAAUGAAGCGCAUUCUUGCGCGCACCGAGCGCUUCAAAGAGGAGCGCCGUGAGCUAUACCAACGCCUCGACUACCCAUCCACCGAUGUAGAUAUCAACACGUACAAGACGUCCACUGGGCUUCAAUCAUUGUUGCAGAAUCUGAUGAACGUUGACAAGACCAAGAAACGGAAGAGCAUCAUGGCUCCGGGAGAGGGUGUCAGCCCCGGCACCGCAGUCCCCCCCACCGCGGUGUCUGAAGCAGGACCCAAUCGCCGAGAGAGUAUUGCGGCGACUGGGCCUAGCCACAGAGAGUCUAUUUCCGGGACACCUGUGACGCCCGCGGAGCCAACACCUAAGGAUACCAAGAAGAAGGGUGCGGCGCCAGCUGAGCGCCGCAAGCUUUCAGAGCAGGAGGAGCAGGUCUACGGCGUAACUCACCACGAUCGCUUAGGCAGUGGUCCAACCUUCCGCUACGAGAAGAUCAACAAACUGUACAGUCACAAGUCGGGCCAGCAGCAGCUGCGGAUCACCAAUGCCCUGGGCGAGCUUGAUAUCCCAGCUCGUCUGGCCAUGCCGACUGCCGCGGUCACGGGGCAGUUUGAGGUCUUGUGGAGUGCUGUUACAGCCCUUGUCGACCUUCGCAAAGUAAGCGACAGGCUGGAUGCAGACGUCAAGGUGGAGGAGCACAAAAAGGCCGAACGUGACAGGGCUAGGGGGAUUACGAACGGGGGCGGCGAUGCCUCUAGCAAAGACAAGUCUGUCAGGAAGGACGGCGCUGGCCUGAACGGGUCUGCUGAAAAAAGUGACGAGAGGAGAACGGAAUCCGGGAUGGCAGAAACAAAGCCUGAGACUAGACCGAGGUCACAGAGGUCACAGCACAAUGACUUGCAAAAUGGGGAUGGCGGGAUUGCUGCUGCCGAGCCCAAGCCAGGGUCAGGUGGCCCUGGUGAAGGUGCCAAUGUAGACGGGGCUCCAGCUGAAGUCAAGGAGGGACCCGGCGCUGGUGAACGCGAGAAGCUUGGUCCAAGGCCUAGCAGCAGUGGAGCACACAAGCGUAGUGCGAGUGUGCUCAGCACUAUAAGUGACAAGAGUGCCAAGAGGCAAAAGAAGUAAUGUAGUUUAGUUGUGCGUUUUAUAUGUGCGCGGAGAGGCGCGUAAGCAAGGGGUCCAUAUAGCCAGACGAAAUCCUGAAAUGACACUUUAUGAGCUUCGGGACUUCAAAGGACGCCUAGUCGAACUGAUGUGAAGAAUGGCGUGGGUGGUACUGCAG